AGAGAGAAAGGGGGAGGGACAAGAAGAUUAUUUAAUGCCGGAGUAGAUCUGAUGGCAUGUACUUACAGUCAUGGCUCUGUACAAGGUGAUCGGUGCGGUGGCUCUGCUGACUCUCCUGACACAGGAGUCUCACUCACAACUUGAUGUGUGCGGUAUAACUCCGCUCAACACCAGGAUUGUUGGAGGACAGAGCGCCCCUGUGGGGAGCUGGCCCUGGCAAGUCAGUCUGCAAUCAUCUGGGAGGCACUUCUGUGGAGGAUCCCUCAUUAACAAUGGAUGGGUGCUGACUGCUGCUCACUGCUUCCUAAGGAUUCCAUCCGAUCUGACUGUGUUUCUGGGUAUCCAGAGUCUACAGGGACCCAACCCCAAUGGAGUGUCUCGGACAGUAACAACCAUCAUCAGACAUCCUAACUAUAAAUCCAAUACUAAUGAUAACGACAUCUGCCUCCUGAAGCUCUCGUCACCGGUGACUUUCAAUGAUUUCAUUGUUCCUGUCUGCCUGGCAGCUCCAGCCAGCACCUUCUUCAGCGGCGUUAGCUCCUGGGUGACCGGCUGGGGCAACACUGGAUCUGGAGUCUCCCUUCUUCCCCCAGGAAACCUAAUGGAGGUGAAUGUGCCGGUCGUGGGGAACAGAGAGUGUAACUGAUCUGCGCCGGGUUCCGUGCUGGAGGGAAGGACUCCUGUCAGUGGUGAGCAAGCAGGGCAGCCGCUGGAUCCUGGGGGGAAUCGUUAGUUUUGGAAAUGGUUGUGCCGAGCCUAAUUUCCCAGGAGUCUACACCAGAGUGUCCCAAUAUCAGACCUGGAUCAACAGCCAGAUCACCAGCAACCAGCCGGGCUUUAUCACCUUCACGUCCAGUGGAACUGACAGUGACCUCAGCAUCAGCUGUCCUGGCCUCCCACCGCCUCCAACCACCUUCCCUACAACCACCCUCCCUAAAACCACUACAACCACACGUCCUCCAACCACCUUCCCUAAAACCACUACAACCACACGUCCUCCAACCACCUUCCCUAAAACCACUACAACCGCACGUCCUCCAACCACCCUCCCUAAAACCACUACAACCACACGUCCUCCAACCACCUUCCUAAAACUACUACAACACAACUCUGUUGAGGUCUUCCAGGAUAGCCUGGGAGGUUGUGCCCGCUGGCGAGACAUUCAGUCGGUGUGCGGUAUAACUCCGCUCAACACCAGGAUUGUUGGAGGACAGAUCGCCCUUGGGGGGAGCUGGCCCUGGCAAGUCAGCCUGCAAUCAUCUGGGAGGCACUUCUGUGGAGGAUCCCUCAUUAACAAUGGAUGGGUGCUGACUGCUGCUCACUGCUUCCCAAGCAUCCCAGCCGAUCUGACUGUGUAUCUGGGUAUCCAGAGACUACAGGGACCCAACCCCAAUAGGGUGUCUCGGACAGUAACAAACGUCAUCAGACAUCCUAACUAUAACCCCAAUACUAAUGAUAACGACAUCUGCCUCCUGAAGCCUCGUCACGGAAACCUAAUGGAGGUGAAUGUGCCGGUCGUGGGGAACAGAAAGUGUAACUGUAACUAUGGUGUGGGCUCAAUCACAAAGAACAUGAUCUGCGCCGGGUUACGUGCUGGAGGGAAGGACUCCUGUCAGGGGGAUUCAGGUGGUCCGAUGGUGAGCAAGCAGGGCAGCCGCUGGAUCCUGGGGGGAAUCGUUAGUUUUGGAAAUGGUUGUGCCGAGCCUAAUUUCCCAGGAGUCUACACCAGAGUGUCCCAAUAUCAGACCUGGAUCAACAGCCAGAUCACCAGCAACCAGCCGGGCUUUAUCACCUUCACGUCCAGUGGAACUGACAGUGACCUCAGCAUCAGCUGUCCUGGCCUCCCACCGCCUCCAACCACCUUCCCUACAACCACCCUCCCUAAAACCACUACAACCACACGUCCUCCAACCACCUUCCCUAAAACCACUACAACCACACGUCCUCCAACCACCUUCCCUAAAAUCACUACAACCACACGUCCUCCAACCACCCUCCCUAAAGCCACUACAACCACACGUCCUCCAACCACCCUCCCUAAAACCACUACAACCACACGUCCUCCAACCACCCUCCCUAAAACCACUACAACCACACGUCCUCCAACCACCUUCCCUUCAACCACUACAACCACCAUUGCCAAACUGGUAAUCCAGGGAGAGGAAAGUAUUGCUCACUGUGUUCUUGUUGUCUGUCUCUCUGCAGUGUGCGGUAUAACUCCGCUCAACACCAGGAUUGUUGGAGGACAGAUCGCCCUUGGGGGGAGCUGGCCCUGGCAAGUCAGCCUGCAAUCAUCUGGGAGGCACUUCUGUGGAGGAUCCCUCAUUAACAAUGGAUGGGUGCUGACUGCUGCUCACUGCUUCCCAAGCAUCCCAGCCGAUCUGACUGUGUAUCUGGGUAUCCAGAGUCUACAGGGACCCAACCCCAAUAGGGUGUCUCGGACAGUAACAAACGUCAUCAGACAUCCUAACUAUGACCCCAAUACUAAUGACAACGACAUCUGCCUCCUGAAGCUCUCGUCACCGGUGACUUUCAAUGAUUUCAUUGUUCCUGUCUGCCUGGCAGCUCCAGCCAGCACCUUCUUCAGCGGCGUUAGCUCCUGGGUGACCGGCUGGGGUGACACUGGAUCUUGAGUCUCCCUUCCUCCCCCAGGAAACCUAAUGGAGGUGAAUGUGCCGGUCGUGGGGAACAGAGAGUGUCACUGUAACUAUGGUGCUGGCUAUAUCACAAACAACAUGAUCUGCGCCGGGUUCCGUGCUGGAGGGAAGGACUCCUGUCAGGGGGAUUCAGGUGGUCCGAUGGUGAGCAAGCAGGGCAGCCGCUGGAUCCUGGGGGGAAUCGUUAGUUUUGGAAAUGGUUGUGCCGAGCCUAAUUUCCCAGGAGUCUACACCAGAGUGUCCCAAUAUCAGACCUGGAUCAACAGCCAGAUCACCAGCAACCAGCCGGGCUUCAUCACCUUCACGUCCAGUGGAACUGACAGUGACCUCAGCAUCACCUGCGAUGACCUGCCUUAAUUAUUUGUCAUUGACAUAAAGUGUCACCCUAAACUGA